CGCCGCGAUCAUUUGCUGCCAAGGAAAGUUGCGAUUCAGUGAGAGAGAAGUGAGUGAGUGAGCUGCGCGCAAGGCCAUGGAAACCUGAGGUUCUCGCUGCUUCACUUUUGGUUUUCAAAAUCCAACUCGAGUCCUCUUCGAUCGACCUGAUGCCCAGCCCCUGCGAGUGGUGAUUUUUGCAGACAAACAGCGAACACCUUCCUAAGUGCAGUUUUGUGGAUUAUAUUUCGCGACUGAGAGUUUCCCUUGCAGGUAGCGGCAUGAGAGGCCGCACAGGCAUCCCGAAGCGGCACCAUGAACCUGCGCCCUCGACUCUCAUCCUCUUCGCAAUCCUAUUUGCAGGCUGUGUGGCAAUCUCGCAAGGAGUUAGUGCGAGCGCCCUUGUUAGAAGCAAGACCAGACUUCCAAAGACUGCGGCAGCAACUGCGGCCCCCGUGGCUGAGGCGGCCGCUUUAAUUCGCCAACAGCAGUCGCAGAAAACUGAACUGGAGCCUGAGGAAAGGGCGGACAACGUUGAAGAAAUUAUUUUAGAAGAGGAGGAAGAAAAGCCAUCCGUGAAUGCAACUACCAAAUCGCCGCUGACUGGCAAUCCGCAGGUGGACUACAAGUUUGAUCCAAACUUGCCGAGAGAGUUGAAUGGCUUCAAUUUGAGUGACUAUCCCUUCUUUAGUUCUGUGCCAGAAGAUAUUGAAUUUAAAUGUGAUGGACUUCAUGAUGGAUUUUACGCUAGUGUGAAACACCAUUGCCAGCUUUACCAUCACUGUCUGUACGGACAACGCUACGAUUUCCUCUGCGCCAACUACACUGCUUUUGAUCAAAAAACAUUUAUCUGCCACUUUGUGUCGGAGAUAGACUGCGUGAACUCGCCAAAACAUUUCAAUAGGAACGAAGCGCUGUACAAACAAGAUACCACGACAACUACUAGUACAACCACGACAACCACUCCUGCACCACCACCACGAGAAAGGGAAAGAGACAGGGAUGGCGGCGGAAGAAGGGGAAACAGGCGCAGACCGCGUCCAAGAAGGCCCACUUAUGAUGACGACGAUUACGAAUACGACGAUUAUGGUUCCUAUGAUGAUGAGCCAUCUCGAAGAGAGAGAAAUAGGAAGCGAAGGCCAAACCGGCAACGAGAAAAAUAUGACGACGAUGACUUCGAAGAUAAAGCGCCAAAGACAAAAAGCACAACUACGGAAGAACCGCCUUUGCCCUCAAAACCAAAUAAAUCGGUCUUUGAACAGCCCAGAAAAGCACCGCGCAUCAAGCCACCGGUGCCAUUGAGUGAAAAGGAAAAGUACGCUCGACCUGGCGACGACGCCCCGUCCGAGAAACCACCUGCUAAGGCCACUGAAGAAUAUUACGACGAAGACGAAGACCACGCUCCUAAGAAAACCAAGAGGCCACAGUCGCAGGACGAAGAAGAAGACUUCAGGAGAACUCCCCCUCUGGGAGCCAAUGGGCGCCCUUUGAGGAGAAAUCGACCUGCCAGACGCCGGCGUCCAAGCAUGAGACCGUAUUAUGACGAAGACGAUUAUCGCGACGAUUACAGGCCAAUGAGAAAGCGCCCUUACAACAGAAGACCAGCCUAUGAUGAUGAAUACGAAGAGGAUAUGCCACCAAGAAGCAGGAAGCCCGCCAGGCCGAGGCACAGGGAAUAUGAGGACGACUAUGAUGUCGAGGAGGCGGAAAAGAGACCCUCUAAGAAGAGCACUACUACCACAACCACCACAACUACUACCACCACAACAACGCCCAAGCCAACAACAAAUCGACCCAGGCCAUCCACGACCACUUUAGCUUACGAUGACGAGGAAUACUAUGAGGAUGAGUUCUAUGAAGACGACGAGCCUGUUGUCAAAAAGCCCCAGACAACCGAUUCUGCACCUGAAGCUUCUUCUUCAUCUACUACGACAACCUCAACCACCACCUUGCCAACGAGUAGACGCCCAUUCGCCCCAAGAGUAAAGCCAGCUACGCAACCACCUGAGACAUCGCUUAAGUUUACCCUUAAGAAUCCGACCGAAGCUGAGAGUGAGCGCGAGUUUUCCAUUGAUGACUAUGUGAAAGCUGCAACUCGAGCACCAUUUGUACCGUCCAGUAAACACCCUGCAAAACCAGCUACCACCUCAUCCCCUACAACCACAACCACCACAGUUGCACCAAAAACCAAUGUGGUGAAAGAGAGGGUGCCUGUGGAUGAAUACGAAGAUGAUGUAAAGCCUCAAAGUCAAUUUUCACCAAGAAUCCCAUCAAAGACAGUCGAACUCACUAGCUAUGCUCCAAUUCCUUCUAGAACAUCCAACAGGGGAUCAAUUAAACAAGUUGCCACUUUCACAUCGCCAGAAGCAAUUUCCAAACCGUCUAGGUUCCCGGCUAGGAACAACAAGCCCGUUCCUGUUGACCAAGAUGAAGAGGAAGAGUACCACACUAUUAGAAAGCCCGAGAUUAAAAACGAGCCCGCACAAAAUUUCAAAGCGCCUGCGCCCCCUCCACGAACAAGACUGUCUACGACCUUCCUGCCAAGAGGGUUGAGUCCCGUUGGAGGCGCCAGAAACAACGUGAGGCCUGCACCGGCUUCUAUUGUGACUUUGUAUGAUGACGAGGACGACGAGGCUUUCAACGACGCUUUGCACCCCACGGGCGCUGACAGCUCCGCUAGCACCGUAAGCUACGUGCCUCAGCAGAGACAGUCGACCAACCGGCUGUCCCCCAUCAGAGGCUCGCAGCAGCAGCGAGUAGGACUCGAAACCAGAGGUGCUGCUCAGUCGGGCUUCUCGAGAGAUUCAGAGUACGACGACGAGUCUGCUCCAUCCGCCCCGUCAGCGCCAGCCGGCAGGACAAGCUCGCUGCAGUCAAGACAGCAGUACCAGCAGGAGGCGCCGACGGGAUUUGACGCGUUCGAAAGGCAGCCGACGUCCAGUGCCACCUCCAACACUUUCCGCUCCCAAUCGAGACAGUCGGCGCCGAGAGGCAAUAGUAGGCCUCUGGCGGCGGCUGCCUCCUCGACGCAGUAUCAAGGCUGGAGCCGUGAUUACUAUUACCCCACGUACUGAUCAAUGUGAUAUCGACGAUGUAAAUAAUUUUAUUUCCCGUGCCUUUAAUUAAUAUAACAGUUGAUCAAUCUAACAAGUGCUCGCGGGUUAAGGGACAAAUAAGCAAAAGUGUCUGCCGCUUACGCUUUCUUCGCGAAAGUGUGCCCUCAUUUCGUGUGUAUAUAGCUUUAUAUCGAGUUGUUUUUGGCCUGAUUCGUGAAAUGAUACCAGUUUUUGGAUGAUUGUGUUUUUGAUAUGAGUUGGUGGUUAUGUCUUUAAUAAAAAAUUGUGACCCUCGAAAAGUACUGUACUAUUUUAAUAAAGCAGAAAUUAUUUAAAAGGA